AUGUCGUAUACUGCAGCAUCUGACUCCGAUGCCAGCUCUUUCUUUGAGAGUCUGCGGCAAAGCGGCAGCCAAUUGCCCAUGCCAUCAGCUUUCCCAAGUGCCACAGAGGCCCGAAAAGACCAAGCGGCCUUGUCCUCCGCGAUCUUUGCAUCCUGGACGGCAUUGAAAAAGAUCCUAGAGCGUCACGAAGCCACAUUGCGCAAAAGAUGGCUGAAAAAGACCAGAGAGCAGCGCAAGAAGAUUCUGUUGUCCGUCGAGCCGGAAUUGUCCCUCGUCCAUCGUCCUGACUUUCAAGCGUUCCGGCAUUCCAAGCACCCCUCGGACAAGGACCGACAGGCAUAUCUCCUACCGUCUAUGAAUGUUGAGGAUCUGGUCCAGGGGAAAUUGUUCUUACUUUUCGUGAACAGCAGAGGUCGCAACCCUCCGAGCGCUUUUGCCCACGCAGACUUGGAUGCCUUUCACCUGGGGCAUGUUACUGGAAACAUCAUGCCUGCCUUUUUAAACGAAUACACCAUGUAUCUAGAUGGUGACUCCGCUACGGCCUACGGUCGUAUCGUUUCCUGGGAUGACGACGACGAUGCGUUUGAUAUGAUGUACACCGGAAGGGCAGUGCAACCAGGCGAAGGGUUAUUGAUUUUGGAGGUGCAGAAGAAAAUAAUAGGCUUCCUGCUUAGCUGCUGUGAAGCCAUUCUUCGCGAUAUUCCGUCACUGUUUGCGGCCGAAUUUCCCGUGCAGCCUGAACCUCCAGCAUUGAGCGGCGAUCCCACCGAAUGGCCAACGCUGGCUGUUUUGCGCGCGGAAGCUCCGUACAGAGUGCCCGCUCAUCUAGAUUUCGAUCAGCUGGUCGCCGUGCUUUCCGCCAGGCGGGCUGCUGCGGAGGACCACAUCUGGGCUCUGCGGGAAGACCCGGGGUAUUUUUUCGACGUGGUUGGGGAUGAGAGCGAACAUCGCCUGGAGGUGCUCCCAGAUACCAAGGGAAACCCGCACCCGCAUCUGCACGACGGCUUGUUCUGGGCUCGUGUCUUUGGUUCUGUGAUCACUAACGCUUAUGGAGCUCUUAUCGCGUUUGAUUCUCUUGCUCGACAAGCCACGAAGCUUGCACGGCUGCAGGAAAAAUACCGAUCGAGGAUCUCCCCGGAUAAGACGUUACCCGAAGAAUAUUUGAAGGCAUUGUUGCUAUUUCGCCAUACUCUUAACCAAUCUAGUCAAGGGCCUAUUUUGAAUAUCAAGGGUGGCCUAGGUGCCUCCCCACCUUUGCGUUCUGACUGGGUGCGGAUGCCCCAGGUUAGUGGUACUACGAAGAUGGCAGCAGGUCUUAAAGUGAACCGGCCCAAUGAUUUUCUAAUGUGGGCAGUCCAAGUACUGCUUGAUGAUGAACAGUUAUUCCUCGUCCGUUUGCCAGAUCUCAUGGAUGAACUUGAACAGUUUAUACAAAGUAACAAGACAGAAAAGGCACGGCUGUCUGAAUGGAUUCUCAACGAAUUGUCCGACUUGGGUCUUAUUGCAGGUGCACUCCACCAAGUUAGCCUCUAUCAGCCUUGGGCUGCUUCACUAGAUACGCAAGCUGCUGGUGGCUAUGAGGAAGGCACUCAAGUUGACUUCAUGAAAGAAAUGGUUCUUUUAGCAGAGGUCAGUCAAACGAUCAAUGACACGGAUCUGCAAAGGUUGAAGCUGGGAGACCCUCUCGAUGGCAAAUACACAUAUCCUUCAGUCAAGCGGCGUACCAAACAACAUGUUGAAACCAUGCGUAACUCGGAGAAGAACCUCGAUAGGUUUUGGGAGACCGUUGAUAACUUCUAUCGGUCGAGAACAAGGAAGACUCUGAAUCAAACCGUCGAUAAACUCUUGCGAGCCGAUCGAACACUGCAACGUACUCCUGAAUGGGUCCCUCCUGUCCAAGAGUCAGAGACAUCAGGCAAGGCGAUGGGAGAAACCGAAUUCACUGACUUUAGUGACCCGUUAUCACGUCUAUCCAUCACCUCUGAUACCAAACCAGCGAGCUUAGACGUUAGGAACAAAGUAAAGACAAAGGGCACCCCGGACAAUCGCCCGUCUGAACUUUCAACUGGCGAGACCCCUGGGCAAGUCCACAGUGAUAUUCAACCGAAAAUGACGCUUGGAAAACGCGCCUACAAGGUCCUUACAGCGCUUUUCCACGACCCCGGCCGCCAUGACCAGCCUGGCGAGAUUCUGUGGACAGACUUUCUCCACGCGAUGGCAUCGACGGGCUUUAGUCUGACCAAACUUCACGGGUCUGUCUGGCAGUUCACUCCAACAACACUGGACGUCGAGAGGAGUAUACAGUUCCACGAACCUCACCCACGAAACAAGAUAUCUUUUACCAUGGCGAGGUGUUUUGGUCGGCGACUGAAUCGGGCAUACGGGUGGCAUGGAGGUAUGUUUGUGCUGGCGGAAUAG